GGAAUCCUAUAUUGUUAUCGGAUUCUGUAAUAAUUUGAUAUUAUUAAUGUCAAUGUUUCAAGAAUCUAGGAUUGGGCUCGUUCUUGAUAAUCGUCUUGAAAUUACAGGUAUUAUUGGAGUUGGUACAUAUGGGAUAGUAUAUAUAGCAAUUGAUAUUUAUACAAGUGUUUCGUAUGCAAUUAAAUCUAUUUUGAAAAUGGGGAAUGAAUCUACUCAGAACAAGUUUCAAUCACGUGAAAUAGCAUUACAUUUGAAAGUGCAAUCUCAUCCCCAUAUUGUGUCUAUAAUUGAAGUCUUGGAUGCGCCGGAUUGUGUGUAUAUUGUGAUGGAAUAUUGUUCAGAAGGAGAUCUUUUUACGGCGAUUACAGAGAAGAAUGGAUAUGUUGGAAAUGAUACAUUAAUUAGACAAGUUUUUCUGCAAUUGUUGAGUGCAGUUGAAUAUUGUCAUUCAUCAGGAAUUUAUCAUCGUGAUUUGAAGCCAGAAAAUAUUCUUGUUACUCAGUCGGGUAAAUUUUUAAAAUUAGCAGACUUUGGUCUUGCUACGACAGAAGUAUUUACCUCAGAAUUUGGUUGUGGUUCACCAUUUUACAUGUCACCUGAAUGUUUACAAGAAACGACAGAAUUUCCACAUUAUAGGUCUGCUCCUAAUGAUGUUUGGUCAUUGGGUGUUAUAUUAGUAAAUUUGACAUGUGGUCGUAAUCCUUGGAAACGUGCGUCUAGCACACUUGAUGAAACAUUUCGUGCUUUUCUUCAAAAUCCUGCAUUUCUUCGUUCUAUUUUACCUCUUUCAUCUCAACUUUAUUCAAUUCUUCAACGUGUUUUUGAUCCAAAUCCGAGUACUAGGAUUACUCUUCCGGAAUUACGUAUUUCUAUCAUUAAUUGUUCAAAGUUUACUGUAUCUUUUGAAAGCUACGAGAACACUGAUGAUGAUAAAGUUCCUAUUUCUUGGCUUUUGACUCCGCCUUCUUUUUCUUGCAAAGAAAGUCCAUUAACACCUUCUACAUCAAAAACAAAAAAUAUGCUGCCAGGGCUGUAUAAUCUUCCUAUAACACCGAUUUCACCUAAACGAUUUUCAUGACGGUGUAUCUCGUUUUCUUAUUCAUAUUUGGGUUGCAAGGU